AUGAUUCUGCCAGUAGUGUUCGUGUGUCUCGCAGCUGUGCUGCCUCCGUCCACUGGAGAGGAACCUGAAGGUUUUGAUGCUCUGUCAACUAGCAAAGAGGGUCAGCAGAAGCUGAUUGUUGACAGACAUAAUACCCUCAGGAGAGGAGUAAAACCAACUGCCAGCAACAUGUUGAAGAUGGAAUGGUGUCCUCCGGCUGCACAGAAUGCCCAAAAAUGGGCCAAUCAAUGUACUUUAAGUCACAGUCCUGGUAACAUACGGAGAACCACUCUACAAUGUGGUGAAAAUCUCUUCAUGUCAUCCGCCCCUUUCUCAUGGUCAGAUGUUAUUCAGGCCUGGUACAAUGAGGAGAAAGAUUUCAAAUACGGAACUGGAGCAAAAAGACAAGGUGUUGUGAUUGGCCAUUACACUCAGAUGGUUUGGUACAAUUCUUAUCAAAUUGGAUGUGCUGUCGCUUUCUGUCCCAACAGUAAAUACAAAUACUUUUAUGUCUGCCAGUACUGCCCCACGGGGAAUCUACGAAGUUCAAUUCAGACACCCUACAAAAAAGGAGAACCCUGUGGUGAUUGCCCUAAUGCUUGUGAGAACGGAUUAUGCACCAAUCCUUGCAAGUAUCAAGACCUCUUUGUAAACUGCAAAAAUCUGAAAACCUUGUUUAGCUGUGACCAUUCACUGGUGAAGGAGAAACCCCGGCCCGUGCCGGUAUCAGUCGCCCCUGUACACAAGAAGAAAUUUUGGAAGCGGAAGUCGGCUCGUUUAGUGAGGGAGGAAGAAGCUUCUUCUAAAAGGGAACCGGAGGAAGAACUGUACGAGGCAGAUGACCCUAGGGAAGGGCCAUCACGAGAACAGGAGGAGGACAGCCGGCCACUGAUCGGGGAGGAAGAAGAGGAAGGAAAUUAA